AUGACCUGCAUCUACACCAUUGCCUUCGAGCUCCAAAUAUGGGUAGCUGCGACUUUGUAUGUCACGGAAGUCGGCACCUACGAGAAAAUCUUCGGCCCUCUUGACGACAGAACCGCUGAAAAGCUUUCUCAGGAAUAUCCAGUCUUCGCUACUGCGCUGCAUGUUCUUCCUGGCAAGUGGCCUGCGGACCGCUGUGCUUUCCGGAAGUACUGGUACGAGAUGAUUGAUACAAUUGAAAUUACCUACCACGCGGCUCCUGCUGCGAAAAUCUUGUUUGUGGCCAAAGCGGGCACCGCUUUGGAUCAAGGUCAAUAUGCCCAUAGUGCGUUUGUUGACAGCAGAAUGGCUGCCACCACGGCUCCGGGAGGCAUACGGGCUGAAUAUGUCCAAGUCAAGGUGGAGGACUUACAGGUCUUUUAUACGUAUUGCAAAGGGGAUAUACCUCACCUACCAUUGUUUGUGUGA